AUGAGAAAAGCUGAGGUGCAAAUGACCCUGAAGAAAAGUGCCGAUGAGGGAGUAGAACAUGGGGCAGCACCCCCAAGCUCCAUUAUCCCUCCGAAACGGUCCAAGGCAAACUUGGACCAGCCAGUCCAGGAUCUCAGCAUGCCUGAUUAUCCCACCCCGAGCCCACCUGUGUUUGUUCGCAAAAUGAGGAACGCUGCCGUAGGGACAGGCUGCGACAUCCGUCUGAAGGUGUCCGUGGCAGGGAACCCCCAGCCCUCAUUGUACUGGUAUCACAACGAUGACCUCCUCAAUAUGGAUAACCAGGAAUACGGAGGUCUUUGGAUUAGGGACUGCAAGCCUAGUGAUGCUGGCCUCUACACCUGCAUCGCCAACAACCACCUGGGGGAGACGCGUAGCAGCGCUGUACUAGCUGUCUUGGAUCUGGGUGAAGACUCGGAGACUACAGAGGAUGAAGACGGAGACCAGUUUGAGACCAAAGAAGAUGAUGGGGAUCUUGAGGACCAGGGUGUGCAUACAGCGAUGAACAAGUCUGCAGAUGAUGAUAAUACAGCACAGGGAUAUGAAGAUAAUGCAACAAGGAGUCAGUCAGAUGAUUUUUCAAGAGAAUCUCCGCCGCAAGUCCUCCCACCCCCAUCCCCAAGACUCAUUAAACGACCCUCCAUUUCUCCAAUGCCAAGUCGAUCUGGUUCAACUACACCACUCAGCAUGCGUAAGAAAGUUGUUGCGCCAACUGACUACCAAGACACGGUACCUGCAGAGUAUGAGGAAAAAGUCAAGCAGCCCAAACCCCUAUCCCAAAGUAGCACCCAAGACUCCCGACCACAGACUCCAGUGAGUGAGUAUUCCCGCAAAGAAUUUUCAACCAGACCAUCCCCUAAGCUUACCAGAGCAAGCUCUAAAGUUUUUGAGAAGGUUCGGGGCUUAGAAGAACGGAGACGCAGCCUUGAAAUUCCCGAAGGCUCUAUUUCUGGAAGAUCCUGGGCAGGGUUCAAUCGGGCCCCAUCUGUCGACUCAGAUGAUGGAGGAAGCCGGUUGGGCAUCUCUAGAGAAAGUUCAAGAGAAGAUCUAAGGGAAGCUCUGAAAGAGGAUGCUGCCGAACGAAGAUCCAUGUUCAGACAAAGGGCUGCUUCACUGGAGGAGAAGCCUCGCUAUUCCCAGAAAGUCCAGGACAUUGAGAACAAGUUCACGGAGGAGCUUCAACGCAUUAAGAAACUUGUUGGAAAACCUCACAUGAAGAAGUCUUUCUCAACAGAGCAGCUCACCCUGAGAGGCAGGCAGCGUCAACCAUUCAGGAAACUUGAGCCAAUUCCACCACAGGUUAUCCAAAAGCUCCAGGAAAGGGAACAUGCACAAUGGGAAAAGGAACAGAGGGAAAAGAAACAAUCAAAAGAUAGCUCCCCACGAAAGCUACCACAGUUUGCCCCUCAGCAGCUAGUUGGGCAGCAGCUAACCCAGGAAUCUUCUAAAUCCCAACCCCAAGAACUAGCACGCACCUCAAUAACAAAUGUUAUGGCCAGCAGUUUGGGAGAGGGAGCAGUCACCCCAGAGUCAAUGCAGUUGUCGGAUUUACCCGGACAACGAUAUGUGAGAGAAAUAAGCAGAGCCAGUCCAGUAAGAGAACUCAUUCAGAGAUCAUCAUCACCAGUGACAACUCAUCUACAAAGGGCAGAGUCACCAAGCCGAAACAUUGUUGAGAUGACAUUACGCAAGGUUGAACGAAGACCACCGAGUCCUCUCGUACAACGAGUGUCUAGAAUGCAGGAAUCCCCACACAUCCAAGAGUCUCCUGUGCAAACAUCAACAAAGGAUGAGACUUCAGGAAGAAAGACUCCAAUAGAGGUAGCGUUACGGAAAGUAGAGAACAGACCAGAGAGUCCACUUGUGCAAAGAAAGCCCACCAUUGUGCAAGAACUUCCAGCUCAACCCCCACUAAAAUCCCCAAAACUGAUUCCAGUUGCUCCAAUGGAGGAGAAGAUGGAAAUCGAAAGUCCUGAGCCAGCAUCUAAGCUAAGUAUCCCCACCAUUAUUGUGGAAGAUGAACAGAAGGAUGAGGGUGUUCCCAUGGUGACAAACAACACACAACAGAUUACCAGGGCCAAAGACGGACAACCUCAGAAGACCAAAGGAAAGAAUCGACGCACACGGCCCAUGUCCCCAGAGUUAGAGUCUUCUGAUGAUUCUUAUGUGUCUGCGGGAGAGGAUCCUAUGGAGGCCCCUGUAUUUGAAUUCCCCCUGCAGGAUACUGUAGCAUAUGCUGGAGUAGAUGUACUACUGAAAUGUAUAAUUGCUGGCACACCUCUGCCUGAGGUUACCUGGAAGAAAGACAAUACCGUGAUCACUGGCAGUGCAGAUUUUGUGGUCAAGGUGGAGGGAGAGCGCCAUAGUUUACUUAUCAAAUCAGCCAAACCAAGUGAUGGUGGAAAAUACUUUGUAACUGCUGUCAAUGAGGUGGGCAAAGAUACAAGCAGUGCCACCCUCAUAAUUAAAGGAGAUUUUGUGCAGGAGCCAAAGGGUAACCUGGGUGUGCCAAUGGAUAUUAGCAGCCCGAUCACAUCUGAUGAGGAGUAUCUUAGUCCCCUGGAGGAAGGCAUGGAUUUUGGAGGGCCAGAGCCCAGAAAGAUUACCGACAUACGAUUCAAGGAGCCUCCUUCAUUCCUGGUAACUAUGAGUGAUCAAGCAGUCAUUGAAGGGCAGGAAGUCAACAUGUCUGUCCGAAUAAGUGGACAACCCAAACCCCUGCUCUAUUGGCUUAGGGACAGGGUAACGGUAAAAACAGGCCCACGUCACAUCGUGCGGGAGACAGAGAGCGGCUCUUUUGAAAUGGUCAUCAAAUCGGCGGUGCGGUCGGACUCAGGGGUGUACAUCUGUAAGAUCAUCAAUGAGUAUGGGACAAAGCAGUGCGAAGGAAAGCUGGUGGUAAAAGCAUCACCCGUUGAGCCAGGCUUGGCAGUCAUCCGUCCAGUCAAAGACAUCACUGCCAAAGCUGGAGAGACAGUUCUUUUUGAGUGCCAUGUGAUCGGACCCAAGGACACGGAUGUGGAUUGGCUGGCAGAUGGGAAACUUAUCCAACCUGCGCUGCUCAACUGUAAGAUGCACUUCGAUGGAAGGAAGUGCCGUCUGCUGCUCAACUCUGUGCAUGAGGAUGACAGUGGGACUUACAUGUGCAAGCUGAGUACAGCUAAAGAGGAGGUAACCUCAUGUGGCCAGCUCAAAGUCAUCCCCUCUGUUGAACCACUCUUCACCCGCAAGCUGGAUGUCCUGGAAGUGAUUGAGGGGCGUAACGCUCGUUUUGACUGCAAAGUCAGUGGUACACCACCUCCCCGAGUCACCUGGAGCCACUUUGACCACCCGCUCAUGGAGAGUGAGGAUAUUCGUAUCCUUCAGGAAGGAGGCCGCUACUCUCUUAUCAUUUCUCAUGUGACCAACGAGGAUGAGGGGUUUUACACCGUCACUGCGCGCAACAGCCACGGCGAGGCAGAGAGCGCUGCUGAGCUCUAUGUGCAAGAACCACGGCCAGCCAUCUCCUCACAAAUGGCCAAGCUUGAGAAGAUGCCCUCCAUCCCCGAAGAGCCCGAGGUCCCAGAGAAUGAGGUGGAGCGUCUAACCAUGCCCGACUUCAUCAAACCCCUCUACGACCUGGAUGUGAUCGAGGGAAAGGAGGCUGUGCUGAAGUGCAAGGUGGCGGGCUUGCCGUAUCCCACCAUUGUUUGGUUUCACAAUGGCAAGAGGAUUGAAAGCACUGAAGACAGAAAGAUGACACAGUUUCGGGAUGUUCACAGUCUGGUCAUUCGCUCUGUGUGCCAUGCCCAUGGUGGUGUCUACAAGAGUGUCAUCUCCAACAAAGUGGGCAAGGCCACCUGUUAUGCUCAUCUCUACAUCACAGACAUCCUACCGGACCCCCCAGAUGGAGCACCAGUGAUAGAGGCUAUCACUGGUAAAACCAUCACCUUGAGCUGGAGGAAACCAAGGAGGCUGGACGCUUCCAUCGAGCCAAGUUCCUUGAUGUAUGCCAUCCAACAACAAGCCCUGGGCUCCAUUCAGUGGACCAUCAUAGCCUCCAGUCUGAGGCAGACUACCUACACAAUCACAACACUCACCAAAGGCGUCCGCUACGUUUUCAGGGUCCUGACCAUCACCUCCAAAGCCUUCAGCAAGCCCUCCCCUGCCACUGACCCAGUACAACUCCUGAACAGAGGUCCUUAUCUUCAGGAGGCUCCAUCGAUUAUUGAUAAGCCUGACAUUGUGUAUGUAAUAGAGAACCAGCCAGUGACUAUCUCUGUCACCCUCAAUCACGUCAGUGCUACUAUCAUCUGGAAAAGGAGAGGGGUGGUAUUAACUAGCAAGCCAAACCUGUAUGAGAUGACAAUGCCAGAUGAUGACCAGCACACUUUAAAGCUCUUGAGGGUCAAGACUGCUGAUGUUGGCGAGAUGAUGUGUGUGGCCUCCAACAAGUACGGCAGUGACACCUGCAACUUCAUCAUUGAGAUGGCAGCCCCACCAACAUUUGAAACUAUAAUGGAGGAUUUGGAUGUACGUGUGGGAGAGACGCCCCGCUUUGCUGUGGUUGUGGAGGGCAAACCCAUCCCUGACAUCUUGUGGUUCAAGAAUGACACCCUUCUGUCUGAGAGUAGCCAUUACACAUUUGUGUAUGAUGAUAAUGAGUGUUCGCUGGUGGUUCUGAAUACUCAACCAGAGGACUCGGGAGUGUACACCUGCACUGCCAGGAACCUGGCAGGCUCCGUCUCCUGCAAAGCCGAACUCACUGUGCAUCAAGCUAAAAUAAAAGACGAACCGAUGGAGGAUGAGGAGACCAUACUGAGGAAGAUGCGCAGAUUGACAGACUACUUUGACAUCCACAAAGAAAUUGGAAGAGGUGCAUUCUCCUAUGUAAAACGUGUGACCCAGAAGGUGGGCAAAAUGGAGUAUGCAGCAAAGUUCAUCUCUGCGCGGGCCAAGAGGAAAGCCUCUGCCCUGAGAGAAAUGAACAUGCUGUCCAAGCUGGACCAUGAGAGAGUUCUCUAUUUUCAUGAUGCCUUUGAGAAAAAGAAUGCAGUAAUCAUCAUCACCGAAAUAUGCCAUGAGGAGCUGCUUAACAGAUUUAUCAAGAAAUCCACAGUCAUGGAGUCUGAUAUACGUUCGUGUAUGAGACAACUGCUUGAAGGAGUGGACUACCUUCACCAUCAAAACACCAUACACCUGGAUAUCAAGCCUGAUAACAUCCUCAUGGCAGAUGCUCAUGGGGAUCAGAUCCGAAUCUGUGAUUUUGGCAAUGCGUUGGAUAUUACACCUGAUGAAACACAGUACUGCAAAUAUGGCACACCAGAAUUUGUUGCACCAGAAAUUGUCAAUCAGACUCCAGUGUCCAAGGCAACUGAUAUUUGGCCAAUUGGAGUUAUUGCAUAUCUGUGUCUGACAGGAGUUUCUCCUUUUGCUGGGGAGAAUGACCGCAGCUCCGUACUCAACAUCAGGAAUUAUAAUGUAGCUUUCGAGGAGAGCAUGUUUGCAGACCUUAGCCGAGAGGCUAAAGGUUUCAUCAUAAAGCUACUGGUAGCAGACAGCCUGAGGCCUGAUACUCAGGAAUGCCUCCGACACCCUUGGUUCAAGACACUUAGCAAGGGGAAGGCCAUAAGCACAGAGGCACUGAAGAAGUUUGUAUCUCGCAGAAAAUGGCAGCGGUCUCUAAUCAGCUACAAAUCUAAAAUGGUCAUGAGAUCCAUCCCUGAGCUGCUGAAUGAUUCCUCCAGCCAUAUAUCCAUCGCUGUUCCCAGACACCUCAAGGAAGGUUCACCAUUGCCGUCAUCAUCAUCAGACUCUGAUGAGGAUAUUGAUGAACUCCCCUUCAUUCCAAUGCCCCUUACCAUGGAAUUUUCUGGGUCAAGGAUCUCGCUGAAUGAUAUCCAGAGCAAUGAGCAGGAGACAGGGAAAGAGAAUGGAACUACUGACUGGUCUGGGUCAGCUGGUCAAGCCCAGGAGGCAAUGGAAUGUGAACCCUCAGGAACAGAGAAAGAGGGAGGAGAAUCUGCUGGUAAGGGCCGCCUAAGGAAGAGGUCAACACAAGAGAAUGACAAGGGAUCGUCAGAUGAAGAGUCACCUGCUGAAUUACUGCAAAGGUCAGAGCUGUCAAAAAGGCCCCUGCGAAGGGGUUCCAGCAUGGAGUCAGACAAACCAGAAGGUGGGCGAAGAAGAGGGGAGCUAAGGCGGGGAGGCUCGGCCGAUAGUGCAUUGUUACUUCGCAUCACCCCCGAUGAAGGUGCUGAGGAAGGGACCCCAGAGGAUGGCAGGAGAGUACUCAAAAAAGCUAUGUCUAUGGAAUUACCAAGAAGGAGUGCCAGCCCAGGAGCUCCCAAGAUGAGUCAAGAGGACUAUGCACUAAAAUUGGAGCUCAUGAGACAACGACUGCUUCGGGGAGGCUCUGUGGACAAUAAGAUGAGUGGACUGCGUGGUCCUCUAUUGGAAACACUACGAAUGGGAGAUGAAAAACGUGUGUCAUCUUCGGAGCGCAUCUCUCGUGCCCCUCGUUUGGGCCCACCCCCCUUAACCAGAGCUGCCUCCAGCGAUUCCCCAAGGGAUGAUGUUCCCAAACAAAAAGUUCUUCGCAAGAGUGCUUCCUUUAGCCAGGGAGAUUCCGAGCCCAUACCUUUGCACCGUCGCUCCGGGGCCCCUUUGGAGAUCCCCCUUGCACAAAUAGAGGAGCGCAGGCUUAAGGAGGCCAUUUCUAUGUCUGCUCUAACUGAGCAAAUCAAGCUGGACUCUCGUCCUGUGACUCCCAGAGAGCCUUCACCAAAGCCACCAACUCCAGAGUCUGCUGUGCAGGAAAGUCCAACCAAAAUGGAAAGCGAAGACAAAUUAAUGGAUAAAGAGACAAGGCAAGAUGAAAUUAUAAGUGAAAAGAUAGACAGUUUAACCACAGAUAGCAAUUUUGAUGAAAGAUCGAGCACUAGUGGCUUCUCAGAGAAGGACAUGAGCAUAUCAGAGGAACCAAUAUUGGAGUCAGAGCGUGUGGACCACAGGGAACCAUCUCCCCCUCUUGGAGUCCAAAGCUCUAUGGCAGAGGAGAAAAUACAGGAAGACAAAGAAGUGAUGACAGAGGAAGUGGAGAGCAAGACUAUCAGCGAUGCUGAAAUGAAAGCCAAUGAGAGUGAAGAAAUAGUAGAAGAAAAGUUACAUGAGGAAGUAAACAAGCCUGCUAAGUCCUCUGACAUGACGAUCACCUCAAGCACAGCUAUUGCUACACCUGUGCAGCAAUAUUCAAAGACCCCAGAAAAUGUUUUUUCAACAUAUGUAACCCCUUCACUCCCUGCCCGGGUAGUUCUUCCAGAUGGUAGGACUUCAGCUUAUGCAAGCAUUAUGCAGACAAUCAUGGUCCCCUCACUUCAGCCACUACAUGAACCACCUCUGGGCCCCUCUACACCUGUACCUAUUCCAUCAUCUUCAGCAUCCCCGAUAUCAACUCAAACAUCUGUACCACCAUCUGCGUCUGUACCUACCCCUGCCAACAUUUCAAAACCAGUUAGUUUGUCAACCACUGAGCACCCUGCUGUGUAUUCAAGGGUGGCAUCACCUGAAUUGAUGGCUAAAGAGCCCAGUCCACCCAUAAUGCAGUCCUCUGCCCAACGAGCACUAUCAGCUGGGGGUAACUUAAAAGACAUUACUUCUGAAGAGGUGUUUGAAGCUCGUUUCAAAAAACGUGAGUCUUCCCUCACAAGGGGCAUCAAAUUUCUCUCCCGGUCAAAGAAUGAGGACAAAUCGCAAGCAGCAUCCUCAGACUCAACAGAGUCAGGGGAAGAGAUAUAUCGGCCAGGCCCGAUUGGUGCUCCAUUGGAAAUUGCACCCAGGAGACUUGAAGAGAAAUCAAAAUCCGUUCAGGACCUUCGUGAAGCUCAAAAGGACCAAGGCUUCAUGAGGAGGCUCUCUAUGCGCCUGAAGAGGACCCCAUCAGCCGAGCGCAAGGAAGAAAAGACCAUAGAAGAGGAUGCAGUCCCCUCAAGGCGAAGACUCUCGUGGACUCUUGGACGAAGAGGGUCACAAGACAAGAAAGAAGUGGAGAUGACACGAAUGGAUGGAGGAGCAGAAGUUAAGCCAGAGCAAGAUGAAAAGGACAUAAAGAAACCCAGUGAAUCCCCUGUCUUGACGAUGCGACGGAAGAUCGAAUCAACAGUUGCUGGGAUCUCCACCAGAAUUCGCAGCUACUCAGAGGAGAGGAAGGUAUCGGAAGAGAAGGACACAAAAAGGACACCUAUUCUUUCCAUGCUUCGUCGUUCCACAUCCGAGAGUCGUGGAAUGAAGAGUAUGAGUGUUCCUCAGAACCAGCUGGCUUCACAGGCCGGCAAUGGUGCCUCAUCAGAGUCUCUGGACUCCAUGUCAAGUUUAAAGUCAGAAACAUCAAAAGGUGUGGAGAGUGAGCGCAGAUCACGCUGGGAUCGAUGGGGCUUGACUAGAGGAAGGCGAGACAAAACAGUAUCACAGCCUGACAUCCCCUCUGCAAUCAGCCGUGAAAAUAGUUCCCUACGAUCUCGUCAGUAUUCCAAGUUGGCCUCCGACUUCCAUCCUGUAUUCCACAUCAAGCUCAGGGACCAUGUCUUGCUUGAGGGGGACCCAGUCACGCUCAGCUGUUUGCCUGCAGGCAGUCCCCACCCACACAUCACCUGGAUGAAGGAUAAGAAGCCCCUGGAGAUUGAUGCCAGGAUAAACAUGAUCUCCUGUCCCGAUGGCCGACAGCUAUUAAUGAUCAUGCAGACUACAAAGAAGGAUGCAGGGCUUUAUGAAUGUGUGGCCACCAACCCACUUGCAUCUGUUAGCAGCUGCUGCACAAUUUCCCUUGCCCGUCUGCCCAAUCGUCCUGGGACCCCUGAGAUUCCUCAGAAGUACAAAAACACAGCUCUGGUGCUGUGGAGGCCCUCUGACACCAUGGCCCCAUGCACUUACUCUCUGGAGAGGAGAACAGAGGGACUGUGUCGAAGGGAGGCAUGUGAUUGUGAGAACACCUGGCUAAUCGUGGCAACAGGGGUGGCAGACUGUUAUUACAAUGUGGUAGACUUGCCAUCAGGGGGCUCCUUCAGGUUCAGAGUGGCAUGUGUUAACAAAGCUGGUCAAGGCCCUUACAGUAACCUGUCCAAAGUGGCAUGUCUGGAUGAUUCAGUACCAGAAAAAUCCAGCGCUACUGUGGUGGUCAAGACUGUACCUGCGGCAGCUCCUGCUCCCCCUGUAGUGAUGAUGUCAUCCAUGACUGUGCCUGCUAUUAAGCACGCUCCCAACAAACCAACAGCAUCAUCAGCUGCCCAGCCUGUAGCCCCAACAAUGUCCACUCCAGCUCCAGCUUUGUCAGUGGCUAAAUCUGUCUCUCCAACACUAAUCAAACCCAUUGUGCAAACCACUCCUAGCCCUCCUGUUCCAUCUCCACCUAUCAGCACAGUUCCAUCCCAGCAAGUUCCCACCCAGACACCUGCCCCUGCCCAAGCCACACCAACCAAAGCUAAGACCACUCUUAACAUUAAUGUGGGUAAACCCCAACCAGCCAAGCUAGCACCUCCCCCAGUCGUCCUGCCCAAACCCCAGAGUCCUGUCAACAUAGUUCCUCCCAUGGCCAAAACACCACCCGAGCCUGUGCCCCCGCCUGUCCCUGCCAUUGGGAAACCCAUUUCAGCUGUGCCAAUGUAUGCACCAACCAUGACAGCUCGUGUCACCCCUCCUUCUCCAGCUACCCAUGCCCCAGCCACCAGUGUCUCUGCUGCCAUCCCUGUUGUCUCCCCACCUGUGGUGCUGGUGUCUAGCCUGACACCAGUGGUGCAAGGAGGGGACAGUCGCAGUACCCCAUCUGGACGGAUCACCCCCUCAGGGCGGACCACCCCCUCGGGACGCAGGACACCUUUGGGAAGGCCAGGAGAGGGAACCCUGCGCCAGGGAGUUCCACAGAAACCUUACACCUUCAUGGAUGAGAAAGCCAGGGGCCGGUUUGGUGUGAUCCGUGAGUGCCGGGAAAACGCCACGGGCAACCUUUUCAUGGCCAAGAUUGUGCCAUAUGAAGUAGAUAGCAAGCAAGCAGUGCUGCAGGAAUACGAUAUCCUCAAGUCGCUCCAUCAUGAGAAGAUCAUGGCUCUGCACGAGGCCUACGUCACACCUCGGUACCUGGUGCUCAUCUCUGAGAACUGCAGUGGGAAAGAGCUGCUGUACAGCCUCAUAGACAGGUUCCGCUACUCGGAGGAUGACGUGGUGACCUAUGUUGUCCAGAUCCUUCACGGGCUGGACUACUUACAUACCCGACGUAUCCUCCAUCUAGACAUCAAGCCCGAGAAUGUCGUUGUCACCUACAUGAACGUCAUCAAGAUCAUUGACUUUGGCAGUGCCCAGAAUUUCAACCCUCUCUUCCUCAAGCAGUUCAGUCCCCCUGUUGGAACAUUAGAGUACAUGUCUCCGGAGAUGUUGAAAGGGGAUGUGGUGGGGCCUCCAGCAGACAUCUGGAGUGUGGGUGUACUGACUUUCAUCAUGUUGAGUGGGAGGCCAGCUUUCAUGGAGAAUGAUCCUAUGGAAACUGAAACCAGGAUCCUGGCAGCAAAGCUUGACCUCUCUAAACUCUACCAGAAUGUUUCCCAAAGUGCCUCUCUGUUCCUUAAGAAGAUCAUUUGUAGUUACCCUUGGGGCCGCCCAUCCAUCAAAGACUGCUUCAAUAACUCCUGGCUCCAAGAUGCCUACCUUAUGCGACUUCGUCGGCAGACUCUCACCUUCACCACUACACGUCUCAAGGAAUUCCUGGCUGAUGAGCAGCGGAGGCGUGCAGGGGAGGCCACAAAGCACAAGGUCCUCCUACGUUCCUACCAGAGCUCACCACAGACCCCAACAAGCCCCACCACUGCAAACUUCCCCCCCUCCUUCACUGCACCUGUCACCCAAUGA